CUAUCUAGCUAAAGGCGUCACGUCGAAGAGAAAUUCGAGCUUUCUCGAGGAGCGCUCCGGGUGGGCGUUCUAUCCCGUGAAUCGAUCCACAGCUCUUCUUUCUUGCAAGAUGGACAGCUUAGAAUGGCUGACAAUCGGAUCGCGGCUCUGGACAGGUUCGCUCGAUCGUCUCCAGUGGAAAACUGGUCCUCUCCUGGAAGAUUGACAAAGAAUGCGUGCUUGACGAAUUUUUACUUGAACUUCAUUUGUUUUCUCCAGGGGGACUUUUUUCUAUGGCGGCUGUUGGCGACGCGAGCUGCGUCCCAGCGACCGAGUUCGACUGCCGGAACAAGCCCGAGGCGCUGAAGCUCAAGGCCGCGGCGAUGGUGGCGAUUCUAGUGGCCGGAGCUUUUGGAGUUGCGUUGCCUCUCGUUGGUCGACGGCUCAAGGUGAUAAGACCAGACGGGAACGUCUUUUUCCUCGCAAAGGCACUGGCGGCAGGGGUGAUCCUGGCAACCGGUUUUGUUCACAUACUACCCGACGCAAUGGAGGCGCUGACAAACCAGUGUCUCGCGGAGGUUCCGUGGAGGAAGUUCCCGUUUGCGGGCUUCAUUGCGAUGAUAGCAGCUCUGGGGACUUUGGUGGUAGAUUUUGCGGGGACCGAGUACUUUGAGAAGAAGCACGCCAGUAAGAAGCAGGCAAUCUCGGAGACGAUAGGCAGCGAGCACGACUCGAUCUACGCAGCUGCUUCCAGCGAUCCGGAACACGGAGGAGUGAAUGGAGGUGCCAGUGGAAGCAGUGAACGAGCGAACCAGAUGCACAUUGUUGGUAUGAGAGCUCACGCCUCGUCUCACAGGCACAGCCAUCCGGAGGGACACCACUCGUGCAUGGACUCGACUCACGCUCACUCUCACGGCCAUGUCGGCCACGCUCACGGAACUCCCGAAGACGAACACACGACUAUCAGGCAUGUCGUGAUCUCGCAGGUUUUGGAGCUUGGGAUCGUUACGCACUCUGUCAUCAUCGGUUUAUCUCUCGGAGUUUCGCAGAGUCCGUGCACAAUCAGACCGCUGCUCGCGGCUCUCUCAUUCCACCAGUUCUUCGAAGGCUUUGCUCUCGGUGGCUGCAUUUCUCAGGCCGGUUUCAAGUCGUGGUCGAGCUCUUGCAUGGCGUUCUUCUUCUCGGUCACGACACCGCUCGGCAUUGGAAUGGGCAUGGGGAUAUCGGAGAUUUACAAGGCCAACAGUCCCAAGGCUCUCAUCAUGGAAGGCUUCUUUAACUCGGUCUCGGCGGGUAUUCUCGUGUACAUGUCGCUGGUAGAUUUGAUAGCAGCCGAUUUCAUUAGCAAGAGGAUGAGGUGUGACCGCCGCUUGCAGCUCAUGUCCUACUUGGCUUUGUUCACAGGCGCGCUAGCAAUGUCAUCUCUGGCUCUUUGGGCGUAGACGUGGACAUCCUUGCCUAUUCCUCGUGUCAUGACAUGGAUAAGCCAUCGUGGCAUUUGGAUUUAGGGUUUGUAGUAAUGUCUCUGGAGGGCUCAAUUGGAGGAGUUCACAAUGUGGAGCCAGCGGCGGUGGCGGGGUCGGAUCGAUGGUCCGCGGCGCUGAGCAAUGUCUCGCAGAUUGGCGACGUUGUGGAAUCGCUCUCGGGAUUCCUGCUGCACAAGGCCGUGUACAUGGACGAGGAGGCUUUCGGGCAUGCCGCCUCGAAUGCUCGUCAAUCCCGCAGUGCCGUGGCCCAGGAGAGGAGAAUCCGUGCGCUGGAGAAGGAGCUGGAUUCUGCCAUUGCUGCUGCGCGCCAGGCUCGGGUAGAGAAGAAGCGUGCCGAGUCUCUGCAGCGAGCGGCUGAGGCUCACUGUCAGGAGGUGUUGCAAGAGCUUGAGAACACAACAAAGGUUUUCAAGCUGCAUUUGGAGGAGUUCAGGAAGAAAGAGGAAGAUCUUACCAGGAAGGAUUCUGAGAUACAAGUGUUAAAGGCAAUCAUUCAAACAAUGACAAAAGCGUAGGUGACAACAAUCAGGAUAAUAUUCUGAUUAGACUAAGACCUGCCUUAGUCUAGCAGUAGUAUGCGCAAGAGCUGAUGAGUGGCUGCUAGUAGAAAUUCACUCAGGGAUUGUCAAUGUAAAUCAGAAGUUGCACUCAAAAAUAAAAUGUUGGUGAGUUCAUCUUCUUCA